UCAUAAAUUAGUCGCUUGCUUCUUAUGUGCGUGCGUUUAAUUUGUCUUCUUGCCUUGACUGUUAAAAAGAUUACAUUACCCAUUUAUUCAUCAUAGAAUCGGUUAUGGAAUCAUUUGAGUAGAUUAAAGUCAAAGCAUCGAUUACUCCCAAUGGAAUUCCACAGUCAUAAUCCAUAAAACGAGAUUCGGUUCCGCUUAAACUUCGAGGCCACUGAAUCAAUCUUACAACUGCGCCUCGUCUUUCAAAGGAGUCGAAUGUUGGAGGUUCAAAGAGUCGACUCCAACAAUCAAGCGCGUCCUCGGAGAGAGGGCAUGCGGCGAUAACAAUGAGGAGCUGUACAUAGGAUAUCUAAAGAACCAUUCGGCUGAGUCUUCUAUGAUUCAGCCACAAUUUACUAUAACGUAGUACCACCAAUUUCAAGCGUUGAAUCAUGGCAGACACCAAGCCACCCUCUGACAGGCCUCAGAGGAAGAUGUCCACUACAGGGGAAAGUUUAUACAAGGUACUGGGACUGGAGAAAGGAGCCACAGCAGAGGACAUUAAAAGAGCCUACAGAAAACUGGCUCUGAAAUACCAUCCAGACAAGAAUCCAGACAACCCUGAAGCUGCAGAAAAGUUCAAAGAAAUCAACAAUGCCAACUCAAUCCUCACUGAUGAGACCAAGUGCAAGAUCUACGAUGAAUACGGUUCCAUGGGGCUCUACGUGUCUGAGCAGUUUGGAGAAGAGAGUGUCAAAUACUAUUUUCUCAUGUCAAAGUGGUAUUUUAAGGCUAUGGUCAUGUGCUGUGCCGUUUUCUCCUGUUGCUGCUGUUGUUGCUGCUGCUGUUUCUGCUGUGGGAAGUGCAAACCACCAGAGGAGGAUGAGAACUACCAGUACGUGGACCCAGAAGACCUGGAGGCCCAGAUCAAAGCAGAGCAGGAUGGUGGAGGUGAAACAAUAAUUAUUGUCCAGCCUAUACCUAGUCCUGGUCCCGAAAUCUGCAGUGAAACUAUACCGGAUGCAAAAUGACUUUGAGGCGGUGAUUUGGAAGAGCUGCAUCAGGGAAGGGAGGCUCAAAUGUCCCUAUUUUGAUUCAGCCCAGUUCCACCAUCAACACCUCAGAGUCCACAAAUUUCGCAAGCAGGCAGUCCACGUACAACACCCAGAAAUGAGCCACCCGCCUGGUCCUGGUCCCAGUCAUUACUGAGGGGGUCCUGCUGAUGGACUCUAAGGCCCCUGAUGUAGUGUGCUGACCGCAGGGCAUCAUGCCACAAGGACUAAACUGUGCCACUGAGCCAUACCCUGACUCUAACCCACUGGAAUCGAGUGGCAGUUUGCCAAAAGACAAGGAAGCCUCUGCCAGUCUCUCUUCAUCUGUGUCUCCAUUGGUGUGUAUGUCUGUCUGUGCGUAUAUAACUACCCGUUCAUUUUAAAAUAAUAUAGCUAUGAGACUGAUGCCACUAGGCAGUGUUUCAGGUAGGAAGUGAGUUGUACUUUUGGGGUGUUUCUUUUUGGUUCUGGGUAUUUAUUUAUUUAUUUAUUUAUUUUAAUACGUUCGAAGCAUGGACAUGAGUGGAAUGAUCAUGUGAGUGCAUGCAAAGCAAUAACAGCAUGCCACUACUAUACAGUAAAGUACCAUGCAAAAACCCCUCCCACUUAUCUUCAUACAAAUGCACAACAUGGCACCUUUUUUAGUUUGCUUCUUUAGAUGCCAGUGUUUUCCAUUCUCAAGUUUGCAGUCAUCUGUUACAUUUGCAUUAUAUUGCAUUUAAUUUAAGAUUGAAAUGGUCAAUCGUACGCAAAUGACAAGAAAUGGCAGUCUAACAACUUUUUUAACAACAUUUUUCUGACUUAAGUUAAGGCAGAUGCCUCACAUGUCAGCUGAUGUGCCAUGCUCGGUAUUUCAAGCCAUGUGCAAUGGUCGUACAUUUCCCUAAAAUCAGAACACUUGAAUAUGCUGGUGAAAGAUGUUUGUUUCUAUGCACUUUUUUCCCCACUACCUUCAUAGGAGGCUUCUAAUGCAAACCUAAUAGCUUCAACACUUACAACUACUUCUCAACUGCGAAAGCGAGAAUCUCUGUAAAUGUGAAGUUUUAGUGGCUGAAAUGGGAUCAACCCUAUUUUUGGUGAGCGCUAUGCCAAAUCAUCGAGCAAACCCAUGCUUUCUUUGUACUCUUAGGACAUAUGAUGACAACGGAAAUAUUUUUAAUGAUCUUAUUUAUUUUUAGUAUAUCAGAAUUGAGAUUAAUGUGUAUGAUUUGUUCUGAGUGAAACGAUGCACUGUGUAAACUUGAUUUCAAAACUUGGAUGUGCAAGAGCCUCGUGAUUUUAGCAAUAAGAAAAUGCCCGUUGUGUUAAAUGUGAACGACUUAACAAUAGUCAGCCAAUUACUGUUAGAAACAUUACAUUAGAGUCAGUACAUUAGAUGCCAAAUGUUUUCCCUGUAAAUUGUUGUUCUGAAUGCAAUAGUAUAUACUUGGAUUGUACACCAUUUUGUUUCUGUGUGCAAAUAGAAAUGUAUGUAGUAAUUUCAAGUAGUGUAUGGUCAUCUGUCUAUUCUAGUUGGCAUUUUGUGGGGCAUUUUCUUAUAGCCAAGAAGUUUUCCUUCAUUCCAUAAAAACUGGAUAUUGCUUUCAGAGAAUAAACUUGCCAAAAGAAAGCGAGAUGAAAGCAGACAUUUUGGGAUAUGAUCUGCUAUGCUCACUGGAUAACUUGAUUUCAAUGCACAAUGCCCAUUUCUGCAGUCAACAACUUAAAUUCUUUGCCACUUUUUGGGUGUUCAAAUGAUAACUAUUAUUUGAAAUAAUUUGAGAGGUUUUGGCCUCUUCACCAGUGCACAUGUUACGUUUUAUGAUGCUGUGUGUAAUAACCUGUUUGAUGAGGGGGAAAAGCCAAGUCUGGUCUGAAUUUACCAACAGCAAAAAAUGAGCCAAGAACCACGGCACUACAUCGCUAUUCUCCUCCUGUUUUUAUUCAGCAUGGUUCGUAAUGCAUCACAUAUUUCAUUGUCUGUUUAUAUUAUUGAAUCAAAAUUCAUUAAAUAAAUGGGGAUUUGUAAAA